GUUUACUCAUAGGAGCUAGAGGAGCAGGCGGGAAACCGAAUUCGGUUGCACAACUCGUCAUAGCUCCUGCAUAACACCAUGCAGCCUCUAAAGUGCCUAGUAGUGACUUGAUGCUGUUACCCUAGGAAACUGCAAGCUAAUAAGGUAACGUGUGUAGGUAGGUACUUGCAGCUAACACCUGUUUGAUGUAGUGACGUUAGGUAUCUUUAGCGUUUUACCCUUCCACCAAAAGAAUAAAUACCCACACUUGGGUAGUACCUGGCCGAACUUUGAAUAUCAAGUUCCAAUAUCUUCUAUUUUCGCCUCCAUUAUCCCGAUAUCUUUAACCUACUACCUAAACUUGGACAGCCACAUAAACAAUAUGCAGGUCACCCAUGCUACAGCAACCUUUCUCAAGCCAUAAUUCCAACAUCAAGGGUUUUGAUGGCAGACACCUCAACUUCUUAAAAUAUCCAUACUGAUAUACCGAAUAUACGUACAUAUCCUACGCAGAUUACGAUAACCGGGCACUGUACUUACGCAGUAUUCCUCCGUCGUCUGACUCGACACCGACUCUUUCAAUCCCGGUCGAACCCAAGCACCAUCUACAUACCUAGUACGCUACGCAAUACCGUACUGUCUGACCAUCCAGCCAUUUCAACCAUCUAAAAAUCUAGCCUAGCCUAGCCACCGCGCGGGGGGCGUUACUGAAGGAUGCAGGCCACCCCUGAAGAUGCAUUCUUGUAUAUAUCGCCAAUUGGCUAUAGAAAAUCAUCUAGUUGCGGCUACUGCCGCCGCAAAGGUCUCGGCCACUCCUAUUUUGCACGUGCGACAUCUAUGAGGCCGUCGAGCUACCAGGCUCUGGUGGAUCGAUGUUGGAGGCGGUCCGGGUCGCUCCUCUAUCGACCAAAUCAACGGGACGCAUGCUGCCCGCAUUAUACGAUUCGCCUUGACUCUGGCCGUAUUCGGCCAACGAAAGAUCAACGGCAGGCUGUCAACCGCUUCAACAAGUACAUCAUAGGCGAUUUCUACGCCAAAGAAGCUGCUCGCUUAUAUCCGAAGUCACGCGAGCAGGCUCGGAAGCGGGACACCGAGUUUGAUUUAGUGGAGAGAAUCCAUGAAGCUGAGAGGUCGUUGCUGAAAGAACCGCCCGAGCCAUCCCAUACUUUCACCGUAACGUUAGAGCCUGAUGAGUUUACCGAAGAGAAAUUUCUCAUCUUUGAAAACUACCAGAAAAUUAUCCAUCGGGAGUCUUCGUCGUCUAUCUCCCGGGAAGGAUUCAAGAGGUUUCUCUGCUCCUCUCCAAUAAGACGGGAGAAGUUUACGGCGCCGGAUGGACGAGAACGUCAGCUCGGCUCAUUUCAUCAAUGUUACCGACUUGACGGUCAGUUGGUAGCGAUAGGUGUCCUGGACCUUCUUCCAGACUGUGUCAGCGCAGUCUACUUUUUAUAUCAUGAAUCCAUUCACAGAUUCAGCCCCGGAAAGCUGGGGGCUCUACGAGAGAUCGCGCUGGCAAUUGAAGGAGGCUACCGAUGGUGGUACCCUGGCUUUUAUAUCCACACAUGCCCUAAGAUGAAAUAUAAGAUCGACUUCUCACCGCAGCAAAUUCUCGAUCCAGACACCCUAGGAUGGGUGGAACUCACCGAUGACAUCAUCAAGAAAUUCGACGAUCACGGCCUUCUCCAUUUCCAAGAGGUUGAAGAAAACAUCGCAAAGACUGAAUCCUCCACGAAGCAAGAAGCUUUGCAAUUAGAAUCCGGGGGAGCAGAGGAGGAAAUGAAUCUUGAGGACGAUUGCGAUAGCGACGAAGAAUCGCCCCUGUUCAAAAGUGACAUGCCCGGCAUUCCUUCAAUUGAGGAAAUGAGCCAGAUGGACUUGGAUCGUAUUGCGGUGCGCCUUAAUCGGGGCUACAUUUAUGCGGGAGAUCUGUUUGAAUGGCAUAACGAAAGCAUUACAAGCGAAGGAACUGCUAAGGCGUUGGUUGCAGAACUAGUGGCAGCGGUUGGUCCAGAGUUCGUGCAUGAUAUCUGCCUGGAUUUCAGGAGACAUUGAAAAUAAGACUACGAAUUAUACGCCGGCUGAGACUGAGGAAGCCAUGCCCUUGAAAAGAGAUGUUGUUUAGGAUAGCCAGCGAGCAGUAUUGGGUUCUCCUGUAUUGAAGGGGGUUAUAAGAGCGAGACUAGCGUAUGGAGCUUAACCUACAUAAUAACAGUUGCUCUGCAACUAUAGCGAUGGAUUGAAAUAAGAUUGCGAAAAUUUACUAUA